ACUCAAUCGAAUUUAUUUGAGAUAUUAUCCACCAGGAAUUGGAUUAUCUUUUUCAAAUGGACAAGUAGAGUACAUCAAAAUGAUAGACUGUCUUGAUUUGAGAAUCAGCACAAAUAUAGAGCAAAAGGCUGUAGAUAUAUGUGCAAACGAAGUGCUAUUAUGCGAAGAAUACUUACCAGAGUUGAGAACAUCACUGCGCAAACUGCAGAAAAAAUUACAUCUACCGGUCAAAAAUAAAUUCUACCAUUUCAAAUCAUUGAAAACGAAUCUAUUCCCACUCACGAAUGUUGCUUUCAAUAAAGAAGGGAGCAGUUGUGUUAUAGGAAGUUAUGAUAGAACGGCCAGAUUAUGGAAUGUUGAAACUGGAACGGAGCUAAACGUACUUCAAGGGCACAAAAAUGCUGUUUUUGCCGUUCAAUAUAAUUAUCCGGCUUGCGAUAAAAUUUCGACCACUUCAUUUGAUAAAACUUCAAAAUUAUGGGCGACUUCGAAUGGCACUUGCUUGCAAACAUUUCAUGGACAUACUGCAGAAGUUGUUGCAUCGGAGUUCAAUCAAUUAUCAACGCUAUUGGUGACCGCAUCGAUGGAUUCAACCGCUAGGGUGUACGAUAUUGAAACUGGCAUAGAAAUUCAUUCCUUUUUGAACCAUGGUGGAGAAGUUAUUGCUGCCCAUUUUCACAAGAACGAAAAUAUAAUUUUAACGGGAUCAUUCGAUUCAAAUGCAUACUUGUGGGAUUUAAGAACAAAAGACUUGAUCAUGCGGCUGGAAGGACAUAUGGCAGAACUCAGUAAUUGUAUUUGGAAUUAUGAUCACUCGCUCAUAGCAACUGGCUCAAUCGACGCAACGGCACGUGUCUGGGAUAUCCGAGGGGGAAUAAGUUCGUUAUGCCAUGUUAUUGAUGGUCACAACGAUGAAGUACUUGACAUUUGCUUCAAUUACACUGGCACAUCAUUGGCUACGUGCAGUAAUGAUCACAGCUCCAAAAUAUGGAGUGUAAAAGACGAUUUUCAUUUAAUUUCUACAAUGUCUGGACAUGAAGCUGAAGUGUCACGGGUAAGAUUUAAUCCUGCUGGGAAUUUGGUGCUCACCGCAUCAGCUGAUAAAACAGCCCGAGUGUGGUUUACUGAAACCGGUAUAUGCUCACAAGUCUUAAGUGGGCACACAGACGAAGUGAUUUCUUGCGAAUUUAGUUAUCCAGGAAAUGCCAUUUUAACGGCAUCUAAAGAUAACACAUGUAAAAUCUGGAGAUGACACGACUGGUUUGAUAUGCUUGACCUCUCCGCAUCAGAUUAAUUUGUACUUACGUGUGCAGCAAAAAUUGCUCAAAGAAAAAAAAA